UAAUUUUGGUUUUUCGACACUUUUUCUCACUUUUUGACCAAAAUUUGGAGAAUUUUAUGCAAAAUUUUCUUUCAGGAAAUGAAAAACAGAUUUUUUGAAAUGAAUUCCAAAAACAAAAUGAAUUCGAAAACAGUUUCUCUUUUGGUCUCUUUGUUCGCGCUGCUCGCUGUCGUGACGUCAGCGUCGAGUCCGUGCGACAACAGCCCCGACCCCGUGGCGUGCGGGCGCGCGGUGUUGCUGAGGGGACAGUCGCAUAUCGGCAUUCCCAGCGCGUGCUUCUCGCCGGUGGACGCGGGCCCCUGCGCUCAGGACCUGAUCCGCAUUUACUACGACUCUAAGACGUACACGUGCAAAGCCUUCUCUUACAGCGGUUGCGGCGGAAACGCCAAUCGCUUCGUGAGUGUGAAGAACUGCUACAAACUCUGUCAUCCCUAUUAUCGCCAGCGCUUCGUCUCCCUUUCCAGCGACGCGGGCGCCGCGCCCAAGCAGUUGGGGCCCUUCUCGAAGAAAGAGGGCGACGAACCCGACAGCGAGGAGGCAGCAGCGUUGGAGCGCUCGCGCGCGACGUCCACCACGACAGCGACGUCGGAGACGACAACCGAGGGAACGACGACCACUGAGGGCACGACCGCCGAGACGACGACCGCGACGACGACGACUGUGGCGGCGGCUGAAGACCCGGCGCCUCUCGAGAAGACGAAGGAGAAGACUUCUGACGGCGCGCCGCCCGGACUCAAGUUCUUCUCCACAAUAGACGUCGUCAACGAACGCGACGCGUUCGCACCGGCGGUGAUGGCGCAGUCGCAGUCGCAAUCGCAGCGACUAAGGAAUGUGCAGAGCGCGGGGUACAGGCCGAUGGGAGGGUUCGUGGCCACAAAGAGCGGAACUCGACCUCAAAUAGUGAACAAACAAAAGAUCUUUUAUACGAAAUAUUGA